AUGUCUUCAUGGCAGUUCUGCACUGAUUAUAAUAGAAGAUCUUUAUCUGUGCAACUUUCAACUGCUGCUGUAUAUAUCUCUGAUACCAUGCAUGUUUUUCCUGCUUUCUCACCAGGCUUUCUGGAUCAGAAUUCUCUUCAAGAUCCAUUCAGCUCAGUCUUGGCUCAAGAAAUGUCAGAUUGCUGUUGGGCUGAAGCUGAGAGCAAGACUGUCAGGAUUGAGUUAUUAUUGGAAGAUUCAUACUUCAGAUCUGCUGUCUCUCUGCCUCAACAAGAGCCUGAAUGUGUAACACAAGCUGAGAUUGGCCUGAAGAUGGCAGCUCAGCUUGCUGGAAUGCACACCAACAGCCAGCAAAAAGACUGCUGGAUUGGGGGACAUUACUAUAGAAACAGAAUGUUGACCUUGUUUAAUGGCAAGCCAGGCAUCAACAUUACUGGGAACUGA